AUGGUGCAAGGAACAGCUGAACGUGCGUCGGAUGGAACUUCAGCACACUCCGCCCUCUCCCCCUUCUCCCCCCACUCAUCCCACCCACGCCACACGCGCGCUGGCUCUCUCUCCGUGCGAUCCGAUGGCCGCCUUGAGUCGGCGCAAAACUCCCCCCUAUCAGCACACUCCGCCCUCUCCCCCUUCUCCCCCCACUCAUCCCACCCACGCCACACGCGCGCUGGCUCUCUCUCCGUGCGAUCCGACGGCCGCCUUGAGUCGGCGCAAAACUCCCCCCUAUCAGCCCACUCCGCCCUCUCCCCAUUCUCAACACAACCGCCCCACACACGCGUGGGCUCUCUCUCCCUGCGCUCCUCCUAUGCGCCCUGCUCGCCUCUCUCCGCUUCCUCUGAGGUUUCUGCUGCUCCCUCUCCGGCGUCUGAGCCUGGGUGGUCGCGCAGGUGGGGCAGCAGGAGAUUCCACUUGGAGCUCUAUAACGCGGAUGCUGGCUCCUGCAGCACUCAGAAUCUAUAUAGUUUUGGUGCUCCGGAUCAGCAGCUUAAGCAGCAGCAAGAUCGACAGCAGCACCGAAAUUAUUACCAAAACCAACCCCAGCAGCAGCAACAGCAGCAGCAGCAGCAGCAGCAGACCCAUUCCCCAGCUCCUGUGCUGCCCCGUGGUUGCCGGAAGGAGCUGGCGGAUCGGGAAGAAGAUGCAGGCAACGACACAGACGACCAUGCCUUGGGUCUCUAUGGUUCUGUUGGCCCAAUGCAUCAUCACCAGCAGCAGCAGCAGCAGCAGCAGAAGAAAAAGCAGCAAGGGCACCUAAAGGACCAAAUGGAUUGUGUUGAGGUGGUGGACGGUGGGAAGGGGACAGAAGGUGCGAAUGUGGCAGAAAUCCAAGAGGAAGGAGAUGAUGGUAACAACUCAGACGAUGAUUUUAUCGGGCUGUAUGGCGCUGUGGUGCGCAGCCGUGGCAGCAGCAACCAGUGGAAGAGCCACCAGCUGAGCAGCAGCAACCAGCAGAGUAACGGCAACCAGCAGAGGGGCAACAGUCAGCUGAGCAGCAGCUGCGGCGGCAGCAGCGGCAACAGCAGCAGCGGCAGCAGCAGCAGCAGCCAGCAGGGUAACAGCAAGCAGUUGAGGAGCGGCCGCCCUGCUGCCCUUGCCAUCCCCAGACCUCUCAGCUCUCGUGCUGCGCGCAACCGUCCCGCUCCCCCUCGUGCUGCCCCCGCGGCCAUCGCUCCCCUUCAUGUUGCUGACUUAACUGUUGCUCCCAAUCCUAUUGCUCCCCUGCGGGACACGGGGAAAAAGGAGGAGAGGAAGGAGAGGAAGGAGGAAAUGAAGGAGAGGAGAAAGGAUACGAGAACGGAAGCGAGAAAAGAGAUGAAGGAGGAGAGGAAGGAAGCAAAGGAGGAAAAGAAGCAUGAGAGGAACCCUCAAGGUAGCAUGCAUGACGAACAGGCACCAGCGAAUCGGCAGCCGACAAAGGUGCAGGAGCAGAGGGAGGGCAGUGUGGAUGUGGGAGGGAAAGAAGUGAGUGGGAAGGAGGAGCAGCAGAGAAGGAAGAGCGGGGUGCGAAGGAGGAGUGCCAGCUUCAGUAUCAGCAGCAUCGCGAGCAGCAUCAGCAGCGGGUUCCCCUGGUAUUCCACCGACAGUGACAGCACUAGUGCCACUCCCAAAGAGAGGGUGGGUGCUGGUGCGAGGACUGGGGAACCUGCUGGUGUUGCUAGCACAACCGGCAGAGCGCGAGUGAGUGAGUGUAGAGUGCUUGAGCCGCAAUUUCGUACCCCUUCCUGGGAGCUUCUGCUGGGCCGGAGGAGAAGGGGCAUGGUGCCAUGGCUGUGGAUGGUGGCACGCAUGGUGGCACGCAUGGUGGCACGCAUGGUGGCACGCAUGGUGGCACGCAUGGUGGCACGCAUGGUGGCACGCAUGGUGGCAUGCAUGGUGGCACGCAUGGUGGCACGCAUGGUGGCACGCAUGGUGGCACGCAUGGUGGCAUGCAUGGUGGCACGCAUGGUGGCACGCAUGGUGGCAUGCAUGGUGGCAUGCAUGGUGGCAUGCAUGGUGGCACGCAUGGUGGCAUGCAUGGUGGCAUGCAUGGUGGCACGCAUGGUGGCACGCAUGGUGGCAUGCAUGGUGGCACGCAUGGUGGCACGCAUGGUGGCAUGCAUGGUGGCAUGCAUGGUGGCAUGCAUGGUGGCACGCAUGGUGGCAUGCAUGGUGGCAUGCAUGGUGGCACGCAUGGUGGCACGCAUGGUGGCAUGCAUGGUGGCACGCAUGGUGGCACGCAUGGUGGCACGCAUGGUGGCAUGCAUGGUGGCAUGCAUGGUGGCACGCAUGGUGGCACGCUUGGUGGCACGCAUGGUGGCAUGCAUGGUGGCACGCAUGGUGGCACGCAUGGUGGCAGGCAUGGUGGCAGGCAUGGUGGCACGCUUGGUCACCACGAGUCACGACCUGAAUGAAAUCUUCAAUCUUCAAUAUUUUCAGGCCUAA